CUGAUAUAAACACACCAUCAGCCAGGCUGUACUUUGACCAAGACAUCUCUAUAAAUAAGCUGUGAGAAAAACAAGUGGAAGGCACUGGGAGAGCUGAGCGCUCAUCUUCCACACACCCAGGACCAUGGAGAACCGAGAUGAGCUAGUAGAAUCUGUAGUAGGGGUCGUCUUCUCUACAAACCGUCAUGAAUGUCCUGAUCCAAUAAAGGCAGUGGUACAAGGAUCCAUACCAAAGUGGUUGCAGGGAACUCUACUACGCAAUGGUCCUGGAAUACACUCUAUUGGGGAAAUGUCAUAUAACCAUUGGUUUGAUGGCUUAUCCCUAUUGCACAGCUUCACUUUUAAAAAUGGUGACGUGUACUACAGAAGUAAGUUUCUUCGCAGUGACACCUACAAUUGCAAUAUGGAGGCCAACAGAAUAGUGGUGUCAGAAUUUGGCACAAUGGCUUAUCCAGACCCCUGCAAAAACAUAUUCUCCAAGGCCUUUACUUACUUGUCACAUGUUGUACCUGAGUUCACUGACAAUUGCCUUAUUAAUAUCAUAAAGUUUGGAGAUGAUUAUUAUGCUUCAUCUGAGACCAACUUUAUCAGAAAGAUUGAUCCUCAGUCAUUGGACACACUAGAAAAGGUGGAUUAUUUGAAAUAUGUGACAGUCAAUAUAGCAACCUCUCACCCGCACUAUGACAGUGAAGGGAAUACCUUCAAUAUGGGGACAGCUAUUGGUGACAAAGGGAAAACAAAGUACUUGAUUUUUAAAGUUCCACCAACAGCAGCAAAUAAAGAUAAGAAGUCGCCCUUGAAAAAUGCUGAGAUACUGUGUUCCAUUCCUGCACAUCACCUUUUGAGCCCUAGUUACUAUCACAGCUUUGGAAUGACAGAAAAUUACAUCAUAGUAAUAGAACAGCCUUUAAGGCUGGAUAUCGUAAAAAUGGCAACUGCAUAUUUCCGCGGAGUUAACUGGGCUUCAUGCAUCAGCUUCCAUAAUGAUGAGAAGACAUGGUUUCACAUCAUCGAUAAAAAGACCAAAAAGCCAGUUGCAGAAAAGUUUUACAGUGACGCUUUGGUAUUUUACCACCAUGUCAAUGCAUAUGAAGAAGAUGGCCAUAUAGUGUUUGACAUUAUUGCAUACAAGGACAACAGUUUAUAUGAAAUGUUUUACAUGGCCAAUUUAAGGAAAGACUUAACACAGGAUACUGCAGUAACCUCAAUACCAACCUACCAACGGUUUGUUGUCCCCCUACAGUUAGACAAGAAAACAGAAGUGGGAGUUAAUCUAGUAAAGAUUUCUACAGCAGCAACAGCAAUGAAAGACAAAAACGGCGAAAUAUGCUGCCACCCAGAGAUUUUAUGUGAAGGAAUUGAAUUACCUAGAAUUAACUAUGACUACAAUGGCAAGAAAUACAGAUAUGUUUAUGCUUCACAUGUUGAAUGGCGACCAAUUCCCACCAAGAUUGUGAAAUUUGACAUAGUGACAAAGGAAAUGUUGGUAUGGACUGAUGAAAUGUGCUGGCCUGCAGAGCCUCUGUUUGUGCCACAUCCUGAUGCCAAAGAAGAGGAUGAUGGAAUAAUAUUAUCCUCCAUUGUAUCCUCUGACCCAAAGAAAUCCUCUUACUUACUCAUUUUGGAUGCCAAGACCUUUAAGGAAGUGGGGCGUGCCAGUGUGAAUGCAGAUGUUCAUCUUGACCUGCAUGGAAUCUUCAUUCCAGAUAAAAACUGAGAUUUGAUCUGAUGGGUUGGACCACAUACAGGGAAAACUUUUUCAUGGAAUGCAGAGGAAACAAAAACAAUCUCACAGCCGAACAAUUUAAAGGAUUUGAUAAAAGGAUUUUACAAAUGCCAAGAACAGUAGCAUGUAGAAGAUUCACAGAGUAUUCUGCUAUUGCAGACAUAUACACUAUGUUGUAUGUAUGACUAAAUAUUCAAAUGGGUGUUACCAGUUGGGGGACGUGUCCAUACACUGCCUGUAACUAUCUUAUCAAAGCUGACAGUGCCAACUUUGUAGGGACAAACCCCCAAAUGGUAACAAUUUUUAAUGGCACAAAGAGCUAUAAGAAAAGAUGGGCCUGAAUUGUGGGGAAAACAAGUAUUUACUUAUGCAGUAAAAUACACGUUGAUUUAUUGUUUUAUUUUACUACUUUAAAAAAAUUAUAAUGUAUGAAAAUUAGUUGGCUUAAAAUUGUUGUCUUCUGACCCCCUAUAACUUUUCUUUCUUUCUGUAAACAGGGCUGUAUGGAGCUUAUGUUUUAUUUCUUACCAUUUUUGUGUGACUUUUUGAUUGCUUUUUAUGAAUUUCUGAUGGUACAUGAAGUGACCAAGGAUAUGCAAUUCUGGACUUUUAUUUAUUUUUUUAAGUUUACAUCAUUGAGUGUGCAGUUAAUUAACAUUGUGCAUAAAUGUCCGAGCUAUUUAAGCAUACAGCGAGACCACAAAUGCUUAUGUUUAUUUCUGUUUACAUAAUUUUAUUUAAAAACUAGCUAAGUACCCGGCGUUGCCCGGUUUUUCCUUCCUAAUCCUUGUUGGGGAGGAAAAUAAACAAAGGAGGAAGCUUUUAACUUCAUAUCCAGUCCUCAUAUAUUGUUGUCAUAUCCCGACCUCCUAUCCCGUCCUCCUACCCCGUCCGCCUAUCACAUCCUUCUAUCCCAUCCUCCUUUCCCGUCCUCAUAUCUCGACCUCCUAUCCCGAUCUCCUAUCCUGUCCUCCUAUCUCGACCUCCUAUCCUGACCUCCUAUCCCGUCCGCCUAUCCCGUCCGCCUAUCACGUCCUUCUAUCCCGUCCUCCUUUCCCGUCCUCAUAUCUCGACCUGCUAUCCCGACCUCCUAUCCCGUCCUCCUAUCCCGACCCCGUAUCCCGUCCUCCUAUCCCGUCUGCCUAUCACGUCUUUCUAUCCCAUCCUCAUAUCUCGACCUCCUAUCCCGACCUCCUAUCCCGUCCUCCUAUCCCGACCUCCUAUCCCGACCUCCUAUCCCGACCUCCUAUCCCGUCCUCCUAUCCCGUCCUCCUAUCCCGUCCUCCUAUCUCGGUCCUCCUAUCCCGGUCCGUAAUAUGUGUACCAGUUAUUUAAAUAUCUCCAGCCGUACAGAAGUUAUGUGGGAACAUACAUUUCCCAUUGAUUUGCAUGGGACUUUAAACAAAAACCCUGACCCUCACAAAUGGGGGUAAAAUUAACUAUCCUAUGUUUUAAGUGGACAUAUAAGUAACAUGUGACCAAGUAUUAUCGAAAUAUCUCCAGCCGUUUGGAAGUUAUGCAGUAACAUAUAUUUCCCAUUGACUUGUAUGGGACUUUAAACAUAAACCCAGCCCCUGGCAAAUGGGAAUGAGUAAGGGUUAAAUCACCUAUCCUAUGUUUGUUGUUGACAUAUAAGUAACAUGUGUGCCAAGUUACAUGUUAAUAUCUUUAGCCGUUAGGACGUGACGCUGGAACAUACACACAUACAUACAUACAUACAUACAUACAUACACACGUUGAGUUUUAUAUAUAUAGAUGGGAAAAGAGGGGUGAGUCAAAAUUUUAUUAGGGAAGGGGCUUAUUCACAUUUAUUCACAAUUUUUUAGUUCCCAUGGGGGACUAUUACAUUCAAGGUUCAGACUGAAUAGAACAGCAUUGAUCAAUGUUAUCGGGGUGCCAAUCAGAAGGCAUGGAAGAAGAUAAGAGACCUUUGUUUGUCCUUUGAGCUGUGAUUUCGCUGCGGUGGUCCUAAUCAGCUACUGGCAAGGGACUUUUAGAUGCCACAAUCAACUUUGAUUACAACGUCAAAAGCAUUAAUCCCGGACAUCAGCCCAAUCGGCACUGUCCGGCAUUAGCCAUAGGUCCUGGCUGCUGAUAGUAACUGGGACUAAAAAGGUAUGAAAUGUGCUCCUGGGCACGCUUCAUAUCACGGGAGCAGGACGUAUAUGUACAUCAGGUAGUUGAAUUUCAACAUGCUGCUUUUUGCUAAAGGGAGAUCAAGCCCUGCCAGAUUAGUCUGACAGCAGAUUUCUUCUCUUUCCCUAUUCAGAACACAUGCAGGAGAGAUAGCAAACUGAAGUUUAAAGCCAGGUCAUCAGAAGACCUAUUGUCUGCAUCAAGUUUUUAUGUUAAAGGGGUAUUCCAGGAUUUUUUUUUAUUUGACUAUGCUGCAGGGGCUGUAAAGUUAGUAUAGUUCAAAAUAUAAUGUCUUCUGUGAUUAUCGCCCCAAUAUUUAUUUUUAACAGCAUACAAAAUUACUCAGGUCUCAGGAUUUCCAAAGUUGCAGUGCAUCAAGACCUGACAUAACUAUUCAGGUGAUCAGAGGGAGCCUAUCCUGCUUCAAUUUUGCCACAGCUGUAGGCCUCCUGAUUAGAAAACACUGUGUUUCAAUGGGUGGGGUGGCUAAUGUGUGGGAGGAAGGAAAGUGAACUCAAACUUUCAAGCAUGGAACUGUGGGAUAUGUAGUUUAGAGAACAAAAUCCAACAGGAAAUACCCAGUUCUGGCAGGUAAGUACUAAAAUCACCUUAUGGUGGAUAACCCCUUUAAAUAUAUCUUUUUUUUUUUAACUCACUUCAUCUGUUUAAAAAAAAUCCUGAGCUUUUGCAGUUUUUUUAAAGAAAGCCUGAUUAUUCCCUGACACUUCCGGUUUUGUAGAGAUCAAUUUUCAGCCUUCACCACCUAUCAAAGGAUUACAAUGUAACACCUAUAUAUAGAUCCACCAAAUACAAUAGGUGAUGGUCACAAUUCACCAUUUCCCUUUGAGUGCACACUAACACCUACACAGGUCAUAGAGCACAUCAAGAAAGCUCUCCAAUAAAAAAAAGUCAACUCUAGACAACUGGCUCCUAUGGUCCAUGUGGCUGCUGUCUUAAAACGUACCUGUAAUAGUGCAAAAAUAAAAAAAAUAAAGUAAUAUGUUACUCAGUACCUAAUCUUUGUGUCUAGGACCUAUAUAUAUCCCUAACAAAUAGCAUUUAUAUGUAGCUCACUUCCUAUGUGUUCUUGCCUUCUGGAGAGGGCGUGUCUGUCUCUCUCCCUCACUGUGAUAACUCAUCUGCUCUGAGUCUGAGAGCAGCCUGGAAGUCUGAAAAUUACUGGACUCUGUAACCCUUUUUCUUCUCUGGGCAGUCUGCAAAUCACUGCACAGUUGUUUUUAUGCAUACAUUUUCUAUCUGUUCCUAAUAAAGCUGGAUGCUAAUCAACAUAGCUGUCACUAUGUGUGUUAUUCACUUUUCACAGACUCCUGAGUGUCUGAUCAGCUUCUUUGUCAUUCAGGAGUCAAAGAAAGCUUUGGCUGUUCAAGCAUGCUGGUAGUUGUAGUUUUACAUUGCAACAGCUGGAGCUGCAGUGUUUAUAAAGCACUAUUAGAGCAGUGUUGCCUUUAGCUGUUGCAAAUUAUUCACAAUACCCUUGAGACACUAGGUCCAGGGUACUAAGGUCCCAUUAAGAGACUGACUACCAUAAAACGUAGCUUUUAAUGAGAUAACGUAAACUAAAACCUGGUGAAUUAGUGACUUAAAAUGACGUCUCUAUAUCUUAUAUGAAAAUGUUGCUGAUAAUAUUAUGACCAGUGGAUUGCAACUCUAUAAGAAGUUACUCCUUUUAUUCUAUUACUUAGUGGGGCCUUCAGGCUCCUCGGGCACCACUCCUCUACACCUAACAGGAAGGUGGAAGAGCCAGUAGGCUCCUCCUGCAGGGGGUGGUGAUAACAAUUGGUCACCACUCUGUUACUUCUAUAAGGCUAGGUUUCCACUUUUUUUUUUUUUUUUACAAAAACGCCAAU